AUGGCAGAUGUCCCGCCGUCGUUUUCUCACGACUCUGCCCAGUACUCCAUGACACCUGCUCCAUCCCAAGCUGAAUUAGGAGUGGCACAAAAUGGAUUCGCAGAAAGCGCCGGAGACAGCAGUUAUGUCCCUCGACCCAAGCGCAUCGCGUGCGUCGUCUGCCGCAGGAGGAAACUGAGGUGCGAUGGGAAACGGCCGAGCUGCGGAACUUGUUCGCGUCUAGGUCAUGAAUGCGCAUACGACGAGGUGCGCAAAAAGAGCGGGCCGAAGCGCGGGUAUGUCAAGCAGCUCGAGGCUCGAUUAGCCCAGGUCGAGACACUCCUCAAAGGCCACGACUCCGAUCCUGUGCAGCGAACCUCACCACCUGAACGACAGGAGAAUACGUUCACCGCACCUUUCCCCGAAGAACCGACACUCGCCUUGCCUGAUCUCUCGGCGCUUGGAAGUGACAUUGGCAGCGCAAUUCCCGUAUCGCAUAUCCCGGACACGUCAAAUCCAGCUCAAAUAUUUUACCCUGAAACCCCCCAUGUCCCCAACAUCCCGGCCGAUCAGCACUGGGACUUGAUCAGUCUAGGAUUGGAAGAGCCUCUCCCACCCCAGGAUGUGAUCGAUGACUUGGACCGUUUAUUUUUCGAGAAAGUCUAUCCGAACAUACCGAUUAUCCACGGGCCUCGAUACUAUGCAAGUCUGAACCUCGCUCCCCAUAUGAGGCCGCCUGUGUGUCUACGGUACAUGAUGUGGAGUCAUGCGGCGUCGGUCAGUGACAAAUAUUUUGCCAUGCAUGGUCAUUUCUAUCAGCGCGCACGCAAGUACGUUUAUCUGGAUGAGAUGAAAGGGUUUGGAGAGUCUAUCGUCAGUGUGGCGCACUGCCAAACUUGGAUACUCAUCGGAGCAUACGAGUUUCGGAUGAUUUGCUUUCCGCGUGCGUGGUUAAGUGUCGGCAACGCUACACGGCUGGCACUUAUGAUGGGCUUGAACCGGUUGGAUGGACGAGGUCUCGACGUCAAGCAGACGCUCUCACCGCCCAAAGAUUGGGUUGAGCGGGAAGAACGCCGAAGAGUGUUUUGGAUGGCCUUCUGUAACGACCGGUACGCGAGUAUUGGAACGGGAUGGCCUGUGGUUAUUGAUGAGUGUGAUAUCAUGACGAAUCUUCCCGCUUCCGAGGAAUCGUUCUUGAAGAGCAAGCCACAGCGAACACUGCGUCUUACCGAUAUUCUCGCCGGUGAGGGUGUCUCCACACUAGCUCCAUACGCGUAUGUGGUGGUUUUGGCGAGUCUCUUUGGCCGAAAUCUCGUCCAUAUCCAUCGGCCGCAGCCGCAAGAAAACGACCAUGAUUUAAACGGGGAAUUUUGGAAGCGACAUCGGAGCCAUGAUAACAUUUUGCUGCACAUUGCGCUCUCGCUGCCCGAUCAUCUUCGACUUCCAACUGGAAUGUCUGAUAUCAACGUCAUCUUCGCCAACAUGAGUAUUCACACUUCAACCAUCUGCCUUCACCAGGCUGCAAUCUUCAAGGCCGAAAAGAACAAAAUGCCAAGUCAGAUUAUCACCGAGAGCAAGCGCAGAUGCCUGGUGGCAGCAAAUCAGAUAUCGAGUAUCAUGAAGCUGAUCUGCCAUAUGGAACUCGCAGCGUUGAAUCCAUUCAUGUCAUUCUGUCUCUACAUUGCUGCAAGGGUGUUUGUCCAGUAUCUCAAGUCCCGCCCCGAUGAUUCGACUGUCCAGUCUUCAUUGCAAUUUGUGGUGUCUGCUCUCAACUCAAUGAAAACCAAAAAUCCCUUGACCGAGUCCUUCCUUGUGCAGCUGGAGGUAGACUUGGAGGGAACUGUGAUCCCAGGCUUGGGCAAUAUAAUCAAGGGUAGCUCGCCUUAUUAUGCACAAGCCAUGGCGAUGCAAUCCUGCGGCGAAGAUUUUGAAUGCGGUCCUAUUUACACCGUGCGCCCACCCCAUUCUGCCGGGAAUGUGGCUAGCGGUUCUUCACAAGAUCGCGCAAGCACCGGCACUGCUCAUCAGUCUCCCUGUAGCGGCAUGUCCACAUCCCUACCCAGCCGACACAGAGAUCCAACGGCAUCGUUCACCGAAAAUACAGUCUCUUACAGCGAGCUACAGAAUUUCAAUCCCAAACCUGAAACGGCCGGGCCGGGAACCAUCUUAAAUGUCGAUAUGGACUUUUCACCCGACUUUGGUCUCAGCGACAGAAACAAUCCCCCAUCCGACCAUCCUACACCAUCCACGCUGAACUCGUCCUCCAAUACAUCCUACUCUAUGUCUGGUGCUGAUAACCCGUCGCCUGGUCAAAAACAAAAGUCGUCCUUGAAGCACCCCGGGCAGGGCUUACAUACGGCCUUUGAUAAAGCAAAUUUGGUCCAUCCUUCGUCGCCCGGUGAGUCCUCGCAGGCCCCGAACAUGAGCUCUCUGUCUGGCCAGCUGUAUCCAAACAGCUCUUCUAGUCCAUUGGGAACGACAGAAGCCAAUUCAAUCCCCACACCUUCUACGUGGGAACUUCCAACGUCCAACCCGGAAAUGACCAGCAUGGGCUUCAGCAAUUUGAACGUUGACUCUCUGAACGAGGCUCAGUGGACGCAGAUUCUGAAUGCAAACGGGACCGGAAACGGUUGGGGCAAUUGGCGACCGACUUGA